UUUUCCUCCUUUUCAUCCUCCUUCUUGGCUCACAUGGGCUAUGCGGCCUGCCCUCCGGCUUCUCAGAUGCAGCAGCCCCUCAGCCCUCCUCGCUAGGCUGGCGCGCAAUCCCGAGCUUUCGGCUGCGGACGCGAAGGCCGAGCUUCGAUGGAUGCGGGCUGCCAAGGGGGACUUGGAAGACAUGGUUGAGCGGCGCGCUCGCGGCGAGCCGCUCCAGUACAUUCUCGGCGACACCGACUUUGGCCCCUUGACGCUUCUCUGUCGCCCCCCUGUCCUCAUUCCACGUCCCGAGACGGCAUAUAUCGUCGAGCAUCUCGCGUCUCUCCUGCCUUCCCGCCCACUACGUGUACUAGACUUGUGCACGGGGAGCGGAUGCAUUCCGCUGCUCCUCGCUCAUUUGCGGGCAGACCUCACAGCCGUGGGAGUCGACGUGUCACCUGAUGCCGUCUCUUUGGCUAAGGAGAAUAUCGCGGCCAUGGGCAUGGAGGGGAGGGUAAGAACGGUGCAGGCGGACAUACUCGCGCCCGAUUUCUUGCAGAGAAUCGAGAAAGAGGUGGGACCGGUCGAUCUGGUGACGGCCAAUCCCCCGUACAUCCCGCAGGCCGAGUACGAUGCUCUCCCGCCCUCUGUGCGAGCGUACGAGGACAGGGGUGCCCUCCUUGCGGGAGGGGAGGGCGGCACGGCGUUCUACGCCCACAUCGCAGCCAUCGCUCCAUCCAUGUUGAGGGAGGGUCCGGGGAUAAAGAUUGCGGUCGAAAUUGGCGCUGGACAGGGACAGACUGUGGCUUCUCUCUUGCCCGGUCAUACCGAAGUCGUGCAAGAUCAGUAUGGGCGCGACCGCAUGGUCACGGCUGUGUUUUAGGUAUCCGUCCUGCUCAAUGGCUGGGGGGCUGGGUACUGACGCAAUGUACUAACGUUUCCAUCAGCGCUUGCGCGACCCGAGCUUAGACACGUCGGCAGUCUUCUUUCCCACUGCAGAUGUCACAGCUAUCGGAAGAACAUUCCUACCUCGCAGUGCACUCCCUUCGCCUCAGAUACGUCUGUGGCCGAGGUGGGGCGCACACGCUCACAGUCUGGUCCACAAGACUGUUCGAGCAUCGCGAGAAUGGUACAUUUACCUCUCAGUAGUACAUACAUGCAUGAAAAUACGGGCCCUCUUC